CCCCCGCCCGGGCUUCGGGGCUGCCGAUGGGAGCCCGGCGCGCGGAGGAUGCGGGCGCGCCGCGGCGAGGCGGCGCCGGCGCGCGGCCUCUUCCGGGACCCCGCCUUCCCGGCCGCGGACUCCUCUCUGUUCUUCAACUCGUCCACGCCGCUGGCCCAGUUCCGGGAGGACAUCGCGUGGAGGCGGCCUCAGGAAAUUUGCGCCACCCCCCGACUGUUUCCAGAUAACCCAGGGGAAGGGCAGGUGAAGCAAGGGCUGCUGGGAGAUUGCUGGUUCCUGUGUGCUUGUGCGGCCUUGCAGAAGAGUCAGCACCUCCUGGACCAGGUCUUUCCUCCGGGACAGCCGAGCUGGUCUGACCAGGCUUACCGUGGCCUCUUCACCUGUCGAAUCUGGCAGUUUGGACGCUGGGAGGAGGUGACCAUAGAUGACCGUCUACCUUGUCUUGCAGGGAGACUCUGCUUCUCCCGGUGCCAGAGAGAGGAUGUAUUCUGGCUUCCCUUGCUGGAAAAGGCGUAUGCCAAGGUCCACGGGUCCUAUGAGCACCUGUGGGCAGGGCAGGUGGCAGAUGCCCUUGUGGACCUAACUGGGGGCCUGGCCGAGAGGUGGAACCUGAGGGACUUGGCAGGCAGCCGCGGCCAGCAGGACAAGACCCGUGCCUGGGAUCACAGGACGUGUCGGCAGCUCCUCCGCCUCAAGGACCGCUGUCUGAUCAGCUGCUCGGUGCUUAACCCCAGAGCAGGUGCCACGGAGCUGGGUGAAUUCCACGCCUUCAUCGUCUCGGAUCUGUGGGAGCUCCAGAGUCCGGCCAGCCGGGGCACCCUGCUGCUGCGGAUCCAGAACCCCUGGGGCCGGAGCUGCUGGCGGGGGCUGUGGAGGGAGGGGGGUGACGGGUGGACGCAGGUGGAGCCGGUGGAGCAGACGCGGCUCCUGGCGCAGCUCCGGGAAGGGGAGUUCUGGGUGGAGGAGGAGGAGUUCCUCAGGGAGUUUGACGAGGUCACCAUUGGCUACCCGGUCACGGAGGCCGGCCACCUGCAGAGCCUCUACACAGAGAAGGUGCUGUGCCACGCGCGGGCCCUGUCUGGCGCCUGGGUCGCGGGGCAGUCGGCCGGAGGCUGCCGGAACAACAGCUGCUUCCCCUGCAACCCCAAGUUCUGGCUGCGGCUGUCCGAGCCCAGUGAAGUGUGCGUGGCUGUCCUUCAGAGGCCCCGGAAGCGGGGAGCAGGCCUGCCCGGGGCUCCGGCGGGCCACGGCCCUGCCCCUGCAAGCCUUCCUGGCCAGGACCACCCGGCCGUGGGCCUGCACCUGUGGAAGGUGGAGGAGCGGCGGGUCAGCCUGCCCCGGGUCCUGUCUGCGCCCCCCGUGGCCGGCACCGCGUGCCACGCCUAUGACCGCGAGGUCCACCUGCGCUGCGAGCUCUCCCCGGGCUUCUACCUGGCCGUCCCCAGCACCUUCCUGAAGGACGUGCCGGGGCAGUUCCUGCUUCGCGUCUUCUCCACGGGGAAGGUCUCCCUCAGCGCCGUCAGGCCGGUGGCCCAGGGUGCCUCCCCCGGGGCGGCCCCGCCUCGCGGUGAGUGGGAGACUGUGCAGCUGCGGGGACGCUGGAGAGCGGGCCGGACGGCUGGAGGCAGCAGGAACUUUGCCUCCUACCCCUGCAACCCUUGCCUCCCGUUCUCGGUCCCCGAGGGCAGCAGUCCCCGCUGCGUCCGCCUCACGCUGUGCCAGCACUGCCGGCUCGGCGACGGCCAGCUCCACCCCAUUGGCUUCCACGUCUUCCAGGUUCCGUCAGGUGGUGUGAGCCAGGGCACCCACGCCCUGCUGCUUCAGGAGCCUCUGCUGAGCUGCGUGCCGCAUCGCUACGCACAAGAAGUGAGCCGGCUCUGUCUGCUGUCUGCGGGGACCUACCGGGUGGUGCCCUCCACCUACCUGCCAGACACCGAGGGAGACUUCACCGUCACCAUAGCAAUCCGGAUCGACAGGCGGUCCAUUCACAGCCAGGAGAUGCUGGGCCAGGCCCUCCGGGAGGUCUCCCUCGUCGCGGUGAUGAAAACCUAACUGGACCCCCACGCGGCCCGGCUCAGCGGCCCAGGGCCUGGCGGAGCUGCUCAGCCACCGCGGUGCCUACAGCCUCCACACCGGAGGCCCAGCCGAGGCGCCGGGCCCAGGGGA